AUGGGCCUCGUCACAUUAAAAAACCUUCUCUUCGGUCGCACGCCGCCCCCCGCCCGGUCUAAGGCCGCCAUCGCUACCGACGAGCGCGCUGAAAGCACGAUGUCGGAUGAGACCAUCAUUGACGGCGGCGAGCUCGAGAGGCAACCCCUGCUGGGUCCCGGGGCCCGGACAGCGUCGACGGCGACCAUGGCGACGACGACCUCGGAAACCUCUUCCACCUCGACAGUGUCUCCCGAGGGCGAGUCUCGUCGCUUCCGCUUCGACGCCCGCGUCAUCUCCGACGCUACAAUUGGACUUUCAGACGGUCUGACAGUACCCUUCGCCCUCACGGCUGGGUUGUCUGCCCUGGGGCAGACAAAGGUCGUCAUCUUUGGUGGCAUGGCCGAGCUAAUUGCUGGGGCGAUAUCCAUGGGUCUGGGCGGUUACCUCGGAGCCAAGAGCGAAGCCGCCUCGUACAAGGAAACCCGCAACGAGUGCACCCGGCUGACCCGCGAGGACCCGGCUCUCGCCCGCGCCCAGGUCUUCGAGGUCCUCGAGCCCUACGGUUUACCCAAACAUACCCUCGAAGAGGUAACGGAUCACCUUUCCAUGUCGCCCCGCCUCAUCGACUUCCUCAUGCAUUUCCACCACUGCGAGCAGGAGCCCGCCUCGAACCGCGCCUUCGUCUCCGCCUUGACCAUUGCUGCGGGCUACUUGCUCGGUGGCCUAGUGCCGCUGUUCCCAUACUUCUUCGUCCCCGCCGAGGACGUCUAUCUCGCUCUCUACAUCUCCGUCGCCGUCAUGGCCGUUGCGCUGUUCGCAUUUGGCUACGUCAAGACGUGCAUCGUCUCAGGCUGGUCGGGCGUGCGGUGUGUGAGACAAGCUGUCGUCGGUGGGCUAGAGAUGGUUGUCGUCGGUGGUGCUGCUGCCGGCGCGGCCAUGGGGCUGGUGAAAGCCUUUGAUCAGCUGGCGCAAUCUGAGGAUAUGUCGGCAUUGAAGAGCAAGGUAUUCUGA